AAGUAAAAGAAAGACCAAAGAAACAAACCACUUUCCACGGCACUAGUAGUUUCCAAGAGGUGUGUGAUAUAAACAUAUAUAUAAUAUAUAUUAGAAAGUUGUAGAAGCAAAGAAGGUUUUUAACUUUAAGGGUAUAAAUAAAGAGAGAAGAGUGGUGUGAUGAUGAGUAACAAAAUGAGUAGCAAUUAUUCAAGCUUGUCGUCGCCAAAGGCGAAAGGGCCAGCACCAUUUUUGGCGAAGACAUAUGCUUUGUUAGAGGAAGGUGAAGAAGAAGAAAGUGGAGAGGAAGGGUGUAGCAGGAGGAGGAAGAAGAUAGUAUCGUGGAACGACGAAGGAACGGGUUUCGUAGUUUGGUCGCCGGCGGAGUUUUCUGAUCUUACUUUGCCUAGAUAUUUCAAGCACAAUAAUUUUUCCAGCUUCAUUCGCCAACUUAAUACAUAUGGGUUUAAGAAGACAUCAUCAAGAAGAUGGGAAUUCAAGCACGAGAAGUUUCAGAGAGGUUACAAGCAAAUGUUAAUGGAGAUAACACGCAAGAAAAGCGAGCCAAGUGUGUUCCCUGCUUUCUUGAAGGCAUCUUCUUCAAGUGAUGAUCAUCAAGAUCAUCAUCAUCAUCAGAUCAUGAAUGGCGGCAGCAGUGCUGUUGAUGAAGAAAGUACAUAUGUUCAUCGUCAAACGCUGAUGGAGGAGAACCAGAAUUUAAGGAGAGAGAAGGUGGAAUUGCAGACCCAAAUAGCUCAAUUCAAAGAUCUGCAGAUCAAGCUGUUGGAUUGCAUUGCUCAACACACUGGAACUAGUGAUCAUAAAGAAACUAGGCUCUGCUAGUUAGCUAGGUUGAUUUUGUUAUUUUCUUUCGUUUUCCAUCGUAGCCAAAAGGGUUAUUAUGGUUUGUUUGGUGCUUGAGAAAAUGAACGAAAAUGAAAAAAUGAAAAGAAAAAAGAGUUUCAUUGUAGCUUAUAUAUGGUCAUGGAACUUAUGGAUUAACCUUUGCUUUCAUCACUUCA